ACAGUAUAUUGAGCUAAAACGGUAAACCAGCAGUGAUAGGCAAGAGGUGCAUUCCUGGCGCCGACAAAGGUAAAGGGAAAGAGAGGCGGCAGCCGGAAGGAAUCGAAGCAUCAAGGACAGAGCAGGGCCGGGACCAUGGAGAGCAGGAGAGGGACACCCAGACAACAAGAUCCCCUCACCCCGCACGCCCGCACUCCACUCCCCCGACUCACACGCGCGCCCGCCAUUGCUGCCCCGGCCCGGCCUGGCCCCUUCGCUUUCUAGCUAGCUCCCUUGUCCCCUCCAUCGCUAGCUAGCCCGCCUAUAUCAUCAUUGCCCCGCGCGCACUCGCUGCUCUGCUCUUCUCGACUACACGUCAACAAUGGAGAGGUGGGCGCCAGCGCCACCGUCGGCGGCGCGGGAGAGGCCGAGGCGGCGACCUGGCCAACCAUCCUUCUCGUCCACGCUGCUGGACGCCAUCUGCGAUUCCUUGGACGAGCAGGCCGGCGGCCACGGAGCAACGGCGGAGCGUGCCACGGCACCGACGCCUCGGAGCGCCAAGGAGCAACACCAGGCGGCCCUACAUUACUACUACUACAAGCCCUUCUUGGCCGCCAGCCACCGGGCGGCGCGCGCGGCCCCUUCGCCUGCGGACGACUGCUCCUCCGGCCGUGGCUACUUCUCGUCGUCCGAGGUCGAGUACUCCCUCCGCCGCCUCCGCCCCAUCCGAACCUCAGCUGGCGGCGUUGGGCCGGCCUCGGUGGCUCCCGUGGAGAAGCAGAAGCCGGCCCCGCCAGGCACGGCGAAGAGGGCGCGGAAGCCGUCCGCCGCCCCCGCCAGCGGCGGCUGCCGCAGGCCGGCCUCCCCCGGCGCGCGGCUCGCCAGCCUUCUCAACGCCAUAUUCUCCGGCAAGCGGAAUUCUGCGCGGCAGCACCCGGCUCCGGCGGACGAGGAGCCGGCGUGCUCGACGGCGCCAUCCACCGCGCGCCCCUGCCUCGCCAAGACACCGCCGUCCGCGAGGGCCCGGGCCAGGGCGACCCGGAACCGUAGCAGGACCGUGCGGUUCUUGGACAUCGAAGGCGAGGUGGCUGUGGCUGCGGCCGCCGCUGGUUGCAGGCGAUUCCCGGUGGUGGAAGUGGAGGACAGCGACGGCGGCGAGGAGAGCAGCGACGCGAGCUCCGACUUGUUUGAGCUAGAGAACCUCGCAGCCCUUGCUCCCGCGAACGGCGGGCCCGGUUGCCGUAGGACGUGCGAGAACGAGCUUCCGGUGUACGGGACGACUGGAGCUGGUCUUGGGAACGACAGUAGACUUGUCCGUCGUCGACGCCCGUUUGGGUACGUCAGCCAUGGUCGGAGUUGCAGAGGGUUGUUUGAUUUCAAAUAGGCAGAGGGGGUGAACUGUAAAGUGGUGUUCCUUUUUUUUGUUGGCAUGUUGUUCUCUUUUCAGGACUUUGGUCGUUAUGUAUUCGCUGCUAUAAAUUGUGAUAAUAUAAGACUUAUCUAAUGGUUCUGUUUC